AUGGAGACAAUGCCCUGUGAUGUGUUCGAGGCCCUCAUGAAAGGAGUGACAAGCUGGGAUCUUCCCAAAGAGUUCACCCCCAGUGAGCUCCUUCUUACUGGGAAGGCCUCCUUCCCUGUGAUGGUCAAUGACAAGAGUCAGGUGCUCAUUGCUGCCUCCUCCUAUGGCCAGGGCCACCUUGUCGUCAUAUCCCAUGAAUGCUACUUGUCCCAUGCUGGUUUGUCUCCAUUUCUUGUCAAUGCAGUGGGCUGGCUCCGUGUCUCCCCUCAGGCCCCCAUUGGGGUGCACCCAUGCCUGGAACCCCUAGUGAGCCUCCUGAAAGAUGCUGGGGUCAAAGCACAGACCAUGCUGGAACCCGGAGAGCCCCAGGGGGCUUACUGUAUCAGUGCCUACAAUGCCACGUUGACCGAAAAGCUCAUCCAAUUUGUGAAGCAUGGUGGAGGCUUGCUCAUCGAGGGCCAAGCCUGGCCCUGGGCCAGUCAGUAUGGCUGUGACAAGGUGCUGUCCAAUUUCCCUGGGAAUCUGGUGACAAGUGUCGCUGGAGUAUACUUCACUGAUGUCUGUGAGGACAAAGACCACUUGGAGGUCUCUACAAAGGUGCCCAACAUCCCAUUCCAUGUCAGGUAUGGAGAGGAUCUCAGCCAGCACCACCAGCAGAUCAUGGAAGGCCUCACCGUGCUGGACAACCAUAACGCGGGAGUACCCUCACGGCUCCUGCUGCACGGAUAGCUGGCCUUUCCUCUUGGAAUAGAUAAGUCAUCCAACUGCAUUCUCACAGCUGCCUUCUAUGGCUGUGGGCAUGUCAUGCUGACAGGCCAAGAAUCUAUGAUCCCCAACCAAAGGUUGAGCCCAUUUAUACUAAAUGCCAUCUGCUGGCUGUCAAGGAAGAAAAAGGGCAAGAUUUAACUCCAAUCAAGAUUUAAAGGCCUGGGCCCUACAUUAUCAAAUAAUAACCUGGAGUGGAGUGUAACAGAGCAUCUCACCAGUGACUUGAGUGUCUUUUGCUGUUUGCAACUUAACAGCAAUAAUGCCAAGGAGGUAGAGGAAUUCGUGGGCUUACCAGUUGUAAACAGGAGAAACACUAUCAAGAAAGAAAGCCCUGAGGCUGUCCUGAUAUCCAUGGCUAGCUCACUGGUCAAAACAGGAACUGAAAGCAGUAUAGUCCUCAGUAGUCCCUCCUUUCUCCCUCCUACAGGAUGCCCCAUCACUGUUGAGAUCAGUGAUGGACACUACAAUUCCUGGGUGAGCACUGGACUGUACUUAUGUGGAGGGCAGACUGCAGAGGUUACACUGCUUGAGAACGCUAUUGCUGCCAACCUGAAGAUACUCAUAGGCUGCCAAAUGGACAACACCAGUCACCAUGGCAAUUUUGAGCCCCCUGUGGCAACAUACCAGUACCUGUUAAACCAAGCCAAGAAGCAGGUCUCCUGGCUCUGGGGGGGCCUCCUCUACAUCAUGGUGCCCUCUUCCUACAAACUGGGCACAGUGCCAGUCACCAUCUGUGGUGCUGUGGCAGCUCCAUACUUCAAGUUGGGUAAGACAUCUCAGGAGGAGUGGAAGAAGCUUGCUAACAAGAAUGAAGUUCCGUGGGGAGAGCUAGCCACAGACAGCAUCAUCCUGACAGCACCAACCGCAGACCUCCUGCAACUGGAAGAUCCUGAGGCUCUGCUCCAGCUCUGGGAUGACAUAAUGCGGGCUGUGGCCCAUCUAGCUGCCAAACCUUUCCCCUUCUGCAGACCGGAGAGGAUCGUGUUUGAUGUUCAGAUCUCAUUUGGUAUUUUGCAUGCUGGCUACCCCAUCAUGUCAGUAAUGGAAGAAGCACCAAACAUCAUCAACGAAAAAAAUAAAUAAAUAAAAGCCCAUGGUACAUGGGGUGCCUUGCAUGAGUUAGGCCACAACCAACAAGCAGGUUCUUGGAAUUUCUAUUCCCAUACCACAGAAGCCACCUGUAACCUCUGGUCUGUCUAUGUGAACGAGACCGUUCUAGGCAUCCCCAGGUGUCAUGUUCCUUCUGCUCUCUCUCCAGGAGGACAGAAGCAGAGGAUAAAAAAUUACCUGGACAAGGAAGCACCCCUGAAAAGCUGGGAUGGGUGGACAGCUCUGGAAACAUAUCUCCAGCUGCAGGAGGGCUUUGGCUGGGAGCCAUUCAUCCAGCUUUUCGGCGAAUACCAGAAGCUCUCUGGCAUCCCAGGAAACAACGCGGCCAAGAUGAAUCUGUGGGUGACCAAGUUCUCUCAAACCGUGAAGAAGAAUUUGGCUCCUUUCUUUCAGGCCUGGGGUUGGCUGGUGACAAAGGAGGUAUGUGACAGCCAGGCCUCCCCGCCAGAAUGGGAGGAAGAUCCAAUGAAAGCGUACAAAUCUGCUCAAUCUGAUCCUGUGAAAUUAUGUACGUCUGACCCUACGCAGUUAUAUGUAUGUGAAGAGGAAAUGUGUAAAAUUAUAGAAGAAUCCUUUCUGGAGCAAGAUCGAUCCUUGGUUCCAACAGAGUAA